AUGGCGGCAGCUAUGCUUCCAUACGCGAAACCGCGUUUCGACCAGAGUCACGCGCCGCGGAUAGCGACGGAUCGCAUUGUGAAAUCGAGGAGAAAAUCAGUAAUCGUCUCAUCAUCGUUAGCUGCAGUGCCUCCCUCCUUCGGCGUUGCUUCCGUUCCCGCACGUCCCCUCUCCCUUCCUGCAUUCCUCCCCUCCAUGGCCGUUACAACUCUCGGCUUCUUCGCUCGGUUGCUGGGCGGCGACAAGAAGGAAGAAGCAGAGGGAUCAUCCCGAGGCAGCAGCAGCGGCGGCCCGGAGAGUGACGACGACUACAAUGACGACUCAGGGGAAGAGGACGGGGACGAGGAUGAGGAAGAAGAGGAGGGAGUGUAUGGUGAGGUGGUGCUGGUAGAGUCGAAGGCAGAGGAUGGGAGCAGCAGCAAGAUAGUGUUUUCAGCGGGGGGUGAGGUGGACGUGUAUGCGUUGGAGCGGCUGUGCGAGAAGGUGGGGUGGCCGAAACGGCCCCCUGAGAAGGUGGAGGCGGCGCUGCGGAACAGUUACCUGGUUACCGCACUCCACCUGGUUACCACUCCGCCAGCUGCUCCAGAGGGGGAGGAGGGCGGGGAGAGGGAGCUGAUAGGAAUGGCCCGUGCCACGUCAGACCACACAUUCAACGCCACCAUUUGGGACGUGCUUGUUGACCCAAGAUUCCAGGGUCAAGGCCUGGGCAAGGCUCUAGUAAAGCAAACGGUUCGGGCGCUUUUGCGGCGGGAUAUUGGCAACAUCACCCUAUUUGCGGACUCACAAGUGGUGGACUUCUACAAGAACAUGGGCUUCGAAGCUGACCCAGAGGGAAUAAAGGCCAUGUUCUGGUAUCCCAGGUUCUAA